CCAUCACCACCUUCACCCCUACUUUCAAUCAAAACAAAAGGCGUACUCCGUACGUCCCUGCGUCUCGACGGUUUCACAGGACAAGGGACCGUUGUGAUUUGGCGAUCCCGAAGGUUCGGAACUGGUCUCCAAAGCUCCGACGCACGCUUCAUUUGUGUGUCGCACUCAGCACUCUUUUGUUCCCCGAUCCGCCGCACAAGAAGACAUUAUUAGCGGACCGAAUUGCUCGGCCCGCAGCGUACCGAUCCGCGUCUUACUUGACCCGAGUUUCACCACUCCUCCUUUCCGCGAGACACUCGGAGCAGCACCACCUCGGCCACGACCAACCACGAGCCACCAAACCUAGACACACCCCUCAGUCGCGACCAUGCCGCUUCCCGCAGGAGUCUACCGCGCUGAUCACGUCGGCUCAUUCCUCCGCCCGCAGCCGAUUCUUCGCGCGCGCGAGACGCUUGACACGGCAACCCCCAUUUCGGCUGCCGACCUGCGCAAGCUUGAGGACGAGCACAUCACAGAGGUGGUGCAGAAGCAGAUCGCCAGCGGCCUGCAGUCAGUAACAGACGGCGAGUUCCGCCGGGCGUGGUUUCACAUCGACUUCCUGCAGCACCUUUCGGGCGUCGAGCGCCACGGCAGCCUGUCGUCGACCAAUGUCACGUCGCACGGCGUGACACCGCCCAAACUGGCGGUCGUCGGCAAGCUGGGCCACCCACAGCCCAUCCAGGUCGAGGACUACAAGUUUGUCGAGAGCGUCCGGCAGAAAGUGGCCGCCGGCUCCGACAAGAAGAUCACCACCAAGGUGUGCAUUCCCAGCCCGACCAUGGUACACUUCCGCGGCGGGCGCGAGGCCAUCUCGACCGAGGCGUACCCGACGCUGGAGCCCUUCUUCGACGAUCUGGUCAAGGUGUACCAAGCCGAGAUUGCGGACCUGUAUGCCGCCGGCUGCCGGUUUGUCCAGCUUGACGACACCAACCUGGCCUACCUGUGCGAUGCGGGCAUGCGCGCCGAGGCGGCCAAGCGCCACGGCGAGGAUCCCCAGAAGCUGACCAAGCAGUAUGCCGCCCUCAUCAACGCGGCCAUCAGCCAGCGGCCCAAGGAUAUGGUUAUCGGCAUCCACCUAUGCCGGGGCAACUUCCGCUCGCAGUGGUUCGCCGAAGGCGGGUAUGAGCCCGUGGCGGAGGUGCUGUUCAGGGAGCUCGACGUGGAUGUCUACUUCCUCGAGUACGACGACGCCCGGUCCGGCGACUUCUCGCCGCUGCGGUUCCUGCCCGAGAACAAGACUGUCGUGCUCGGCGUCAUGUCGAGCAAGAAGGCCGAGCUGGACGACAAGGACGCCAUCAUUAGGCGGCUGAACGAGGCGGCCAAGUUCUGCCCCCGCGGUCUCGACCAGCUGUGCCUGUCACACCAGUGCGGUUUCAGCUCGACGAUGGAGGGCAACGACCUGUCCGAGGAGCAGCAGUGGGCCAAGGUCCGGCUCGAGGUCGAGAUUGCCAAGCAGGUCUGGGGCGAAGACCUGUCUGUAUGAACGUGGGUCUAUGUACCGUGCGGGUGCGACAGGCUUAAGUUUCUUCAACCUUGAUAUACUUCGUUAUUUCAACACAACAGCGAGCACAUAUCGGACGAUAUCUGUAAUUUAAUAGCGGGCACCUUCCGCUCUGGCAUCGUGACGUCCCAGUCUCGCGCUGGUUUUUGUUGCCCUCCUUGCCAGCGUGGCGUCAUGGGCACUGUAAAUAGUCCCAUCCUGCGGUAAAUAAUAGCACUCACUACUCAGUUAUGUGGUCUGACAGCCAUCUUUACAGUUCUGUGAAUCCCAUCCCGGGGCGUCCCUUAGAUGGCCUCAAUAGGACGCAAGAACGCCGCACUUUCGCAGCCUUCUCGCACCCUCGCAAUUGGGGCGAGAUACGCCUCGUCGUCGCCAUCAUCGUUCUGCAGCUUGCGCACAUAGUCCUGCGCAACCUUCAACCACAUUGCCUUCUCGGCCUUGCUUGCGCCCCGACCCUCCCAGACCCAGAUCGUCUCUCCCGCAUCGUCAAGCACAAACACAUCAUUCCCGUCCAGAUCCGCCCACGAGACACUCCCGCCAUCCUUGACCAGCCCGAACUCUAGCUGCCCGGACGCGUCACUCAGCUUCAACAGCCUCUUCCACUUCCCUUUCCCCCUAGAACCCGCCUUUCUCUCCGCUGCUCCGACAACUGGCCUCGGCGCCUUCAGAACCCCGAACCCGUCCUCCUCUCCACCCCC